AGAUGGGAGGAUCCUGCUCCAAAAAUACCCCAUUGGAUUGUUUUCUCACUAAUUUUAAAUUGGCUUUUUCCCCCGAAUAGGAGGACGAAUAUGGGGUUAAAGUCUCUCAUGGAAAACUUUGCUCCCUGUGUCAAUUGGAAUGGCCAGCCUUUGGAGUUGGAUGGCCAGCCAAGGGCUCCUUUGAGCCAAGCCUCUGUCGGGCUGUAUGGGGAAAAGUCACUGGUCACCCCAGCCACCCUGAUCAGUUUCCUUGUAUAAAUAUCUGGGUCCAGGCUUGUGAAGAGCCUCCGGCUUGGGUGCAGCAUUGUUCCCUGCAAACAGACACUCGCGUUCUGGUUAUUGCACCAAGGGGACCCCGAGAGGUCAAAACCCGGGCUCCCAAGCCGGUGCUCUCACAAGAUACUGAUCCCUUAGACCCCUUCCACCCUAUGUGGAUCCAUCCACCUUCUCUGAUAAAACCAGCCCCAGAUCUCGAAACCCUUUCUACCCUCCUCUUCCUGAAGAGGAAAAAUCUCCGGAUUCUGUAACCUCUCCCUCCCCCAUGCAGACAGGGGCUGCUUGUGGUCCCAGCAAAGCUCCCUCUGAGGGGACUGGUUCAGUUCCUCUUUUGCCUCUUCGGGAAACAGAGCAGGGUCACUAUGUCUAUAUCCCUUUUUCUACCAGCGACUUACACAAUUGGAAACAUCAAAAUCCCCUUUUCCAAAAAACCCCAGGCUUUGAUCUUCCUCCUAGAAUCUGUUUUUCAUACCCAUGAUCCUACCUGGGAUGACUGUCAACAACUCCUCCAAGCCCUUUUUACCUCCCAUGAAAGAGAAAGAAUUCAAGGGCAAGCCAUAAAAUCAGUAUUGGGAGGAACAGAGGACCCACUCGAUGAGCAACAAUGAGCCCAUAUCGAGGCGCAACCUCCAUCCACCCAUCCCCAGUGGCAAGUUAAUUCCUUGGGUGGGAGAGAAGCUCUCCAAAACUACCAUCAGCAUCUCCUAGCUGGCUUGAGGGGAGCCGCUUGGAAGCCUACCAAUUAGAGCAACGUAAGCGAGGUCCUCCAAGGACCUGAGGAAUCCCCUUCUGCCUUUCUGGAGCAUCUGUUGGAAGCAUACCAUAUGUAUACUCCAAUUGACCCAGAUGCCCCUGCAAACCAACAGGCAAUUAAUUUGGCUUUUGUCACUCAGUCGGCCCCAGAUAUUAGGAAGAAAUUGCAGCACAUGGAAGGAUUUGAGGGGGAAAAUAGGGAAAAACUGAUGAGUGUAGCUAUGAAGGUGUUUAAUAACAGAGAUCCUUUAGAUGACAAAAUGGCUAAAAAGAUAGGAAAAGCAACUGUUGCAGCCUUAGCAGAUGGAGGUUUUGUCCAAAAGGAAUGAAAAGAGAAUAGAAAAGAAGAUAAAAGUAAAGUACGGCCCCUGUUAGAAAAGGAUCAAUGCGCAUAUUGCAAAGAGAAGGGCCAUUUUAAAAGGGAUUGUGAAAAGUUGGAAAGAGAGAGAAAAAGGCUAGGAGAGAAAGAGAUGGGCUUCUUCUAGUAGAUGAAAAAGAUUGACGAGGCCUAGGCUCAUGGCUGUUUAACCCUAAUGAGCCUAUGGUGACUUUAGGAAUAGGGGGAACAGAUGUCCAAUUCCUUGUGGACACUGGUGUGGACCACUCUGUCCUGAAGACCUCCCUUGGAACCCUUUCUUCCCUAAAGUCCUCCAUUACUGAAGCCACAGGAAAGUCGGCCUCUUAUCCUUGGACCACAAAACGAACUGUAAAUCUGGGAAGAGGCACCGUCACUCAUUCCUUCUUAGUUAUCCCUGAGUGCCCAUACCUAUUGCUGGGAAGAGAUUUGCUAUGAAAAUUGGGGGCUGUUAUUUCCUUUGAGCCUGAAGGAGGGACUUUCAAACUCAAGCCACCCUCUGCCAUUAUGGUAACGGUUCCCCUUGAAGAUGAAUUUAAGCUGCUAAAAGAGGGCACAGAACCCCCCAAACAGAAAUGGGACUACCUUCAGAAAAAGUUUCCCCGGGUGUGGGCUGAGACCAACCCACCUGGACUGGCCAAACACCAUGCCCCAGUGGUGGUUCAAUUGUUGGCCUCUGCCACCCCCACCCAUGUGUGGCAGUACCCCCUCCGGCUGGACGCCAAGGUAGGGAUCUCCAAGCACAUCCACCAACUCCAGGAAGCCGGCAUCUUGGUCCCUUGCCAGUCAGCCUGGAAUACACCCCUGCUUCCUGUGAGGAAGCCUGGCACCUCAGACUUCAGACCAGUACAGGAUUUGUGGGAGGUAAACAGCCGGGUGGAGACCGUCCACCCAAUGGUACUGAAUCCCUAUACUCUGUUGAGUCUCAUCCCUCCUGCUCAUGUGUGGUACUCAGUAUUAGACCUCAAAGAUGCAUUUUUCAGCCUGUCUCUAGCACCAGUGUGCCAGCCCCUCUUUGCCUUUGAAUGGACUGACCCAGACACCAGGACUACCAGACAGUUGACAUGGACCCGGCUGCUGCAGGGAUUCAAAAACUCCCCCACUCUGUUCGGGGAAGCUCUCAGCAAAGAUUUACAAGAGCCACUGAGGGCCUCCUGGAAGUCCUCCAAGACCUGGGAUAUCGGGUGUCUUGGAAGAAAGCUCAGCUCUGUCAGACCAAGGUUUGAGUCCAAGGCCCUAGAACCACGUUGGAAGGGACCGGUUCCUGUUGUCCUGUCAACUCCCUUGACAGUGAAGGUAGCUGGGCAUUCUGCCUGGAUACAUCACAACCAUCUGAAGGCAGGACCCCUUGCAGAUGUCACAAAGGACAAAUGGAAGGUUAUCAGCCAACCAGGCAACUGAAAGCUGAGACUGGGGCGGGUUGGAGAUAUUUCUCAUUCAUGAUAAUAUUCUCUGGGACACUGGAGGUACUGCCCCCAAGAAAAUUGGACCACACCGGAAAUGUAUGGGUUCAAUUGGCAAAAUCGCUUAAUUUGACUGAAUUCUGUCUGAAUAUAGAUGUAAAUUUCCAUUAUGUAUUAGGAAGCUGUCUCAUUCUGGUGUGUACCCCUUUAAAUUUAAUACAGCCCUAUACCUUAUUUAAGGAUAUCCCAGGGAAAAAAAAUCUCACUUAUAAAGAUAGUUACAAUUGGGGGCAUCCCUCAUAUCAUAAACCUAAAAAUGCUAUCAAAUUAUAUACACCCAGGAUAAUUAUGUCAAAUAAUACCCAAUGUGCUAUGCAUGUAAAUUGCACAACCAAGUGUCUGAGAAUAAAACAAUCUGAAGGGAUGCCCUGCCAUAUAAAACAGAAAAUUAUGUAUAACAGUGGCCAUAUCUCCCUGCCGACAGGAUCGUUUUAUACUUAUGAAGGAAUAACUUUCAAUUAUAUUCCAGCCAAUUUAACCAAGACCUGUUGCUGCUUGAGUCGUCUAGCUGUAGUUUUACCAGAUAGAACUGAUUUGAUUAUGCCAAAUAGAACUAAAUGUUGGUCACCUUAUACUGCGCCAGGAUGUGAUGAUGAUGUAGGUCUUUUGACAGAUGCUGAAGUGAUAUCUAUGAUAGCAUCUUUUGUUGCUCUGCCUUCCAUAGGAGUCCAUGCUGAAAAGGCAGUAUGAAAAUUAGCAUGCAAAGUGGUCAAAGGGUUAAAUGCUACCUCAUCAGCCUUGGCAUUAAUUAACCAGGAAUUACAAGAACAGAGAUAGGCGAUCUUAGAUAAUACAGCAGCUAUAGACUAUUUGUUGCUCUUUCAUCAUCAAGGUUGUGAAAGAAUAAAAAAUAUGUGUUGUUUCAAUCUGACUGACAAUAGUCCAGGAAUUAGAGAAAAGAUAAAACAGUUGAAAGACUUGGCUAAAAG